CUCAGCUCUCCCAUUUACUAUUGAGUCUUCAUGACAGCAGCAGCUUAGAGGCAAUGUCCACAUGCCAGCGAAGCAGAGUUAUUAUGGACAUCUUCUCUUGAUACGCUCCUAUUAAACCAUCAACUAUGGCUGUUUCAAAGGCCAACAUUAUUCUGUGGUGUACAGGCAUAGCGUUUGUGAUUUUACCUCACUUGAAUCUGGGAAUGUUGUCCGACUACAAGAUCUGUGGAGACUCUGAAUGUGAAAGCCUGAUGAGUAGAGUGCAGGCCAUCAGGGACCACCGUGGUAAGGACUGUCGUUUCCUUAGCUUUAGACGAGGAGACACCAUCUUUGUUUACCACAAACUGACUGGAAAAAGGAACGAGCUCUGGGCCGGCAGUAUUGACAAACAGUUUGGCUAUUUCCCAAAGGAUGCAGUGCAAGAGGAGCAGGUUUAUGCUACUAAGGAGAACAUAGUGGAAACACAGGACUCUGAUUUCUUCUGUAUGGAUGAGUAUGGUUACCUCAUUGACUCUAGUCAUCUGGACAGUGAUGAGGAGGAUGUUGAUCAGAACAUACAAAACCAGGAGUCUGAAAGCUCCCAAACCACACCAUACAAUGAUGACACACAUACGGAAAGUCCUUCAACACCUGCAGUUGUUUCUACAGAAUUUCCAAUCUCAGCAGAGGAAGAGGACGAAAAUAAAAACGCUGGGGAUGCUGGCGAUGCCGGGACUCAAGAGGAAGUACAGGAGCCUCCAGGAACUCUGAAGGAACAAGGUGGGUCUGAACCCUCUUACUGGCUGGGUUCUUCAGUGACAGGAUGGUUAGGUCUAGCUAAAGAGGAAGAAGAAACUGGCAUUUUGGUUGAAGGAGAGAACAAAAAAGAGACAAAGGAGAUGCAGGCCGAUGCUUCUGUUGCUUCUUCUGUGACAGGAUGGCUGGGGUUGGGAGGAGAACCUAUUGAUGAUGCACAGGAAAGUAAAGAAGAAGACAUGAAGACUGAUCAUUCUUUCACUUCAACCAUGUCUGGGUGGCUUGGUUUUGGAGGGGAGGAAAAAACCGAUCCCUCCACAGAAAAAGAGCGAGAAGAAGAGCCAGCAGAUAUGUUCAGAAGUAGGCGGAUGUCUCUGGACCUAGAAGGUAGCCAGUUACAUGAAGAAGAGAAGGAGGAAAUGGGGACAUUGGGUUGGCUAGGAAAUGGACUCUCAAACACGCUGGGGUUUGGUCGGACUGAUCAAGAGUCAGAAAAAGAGGCAACACGUGAAAAAAAGGAUAGGGGGGUAAUCAAGGAGGAGGAACAACCGGUGUCAGGUUCUUGGUUGAAUAUGGGGAUUGGGGACAUUUUAGGCUACAGGAAAGACGAGAGUGAAGUGAAUGGGAGUGAAGAAGGUAGGUUCAAGGAGACAGAAGAGAACAAAACUUUAGACCAAGAGAAUGUGGAUACCAGUCAAUCUCAAGGCGAACUGACAGAUGAGGUAAGGACAGAACCUAGCAGUGAAUCAAAGGUUGAAGAAACUCCAAAAGACCAAAAUGAUGGCAGUAAUUCUAUUGAUAUGGGUACUUUAGACAGUAAGUAUAGUGUCUUACCUGAAGAUGCAGAAUCCAAGGUUGAUGUAAAAGAUAUGUCUCCAAAGACUAUAAAUGGUAAAGAUCAUCAGAUGCCCAAAUCAAUAGAAAAAGGGGGUGAGGAUAGCAACGGAGAGUCAGGAGAAGAUUUCAGAGCUAAAAGUGACACUGAUCAGGACUUUUUAACACAACCUAACCUCACUUUAGGGCCUGACUCGAGAUUUUUGGAGUUAAAUUCGAAUGCCGCGGGACAAUCUGUAGGCGAGGCUGAGGAGGGCACAACAAAGGGUGACCUCGAGGAAGGGGUCAAGGUACCGAUUCAGAUCAUAAACACGGAAGCAUCCACCAAUAUAGUCGGGGGCCUCGGGGCACAUAGUCGUGAAAGGAAUAUCGCAGAGAUGGAGGUACUUGAUGAUUCAGAUUCUAUGAUUAAUAAUAACACAGAAACCAAGGGGGAGUUGCACCCUUUGGAGAGCAGCUCUCAGGACAUUGGAUCAUCCCAUUCUAGAAAUAGCGGUACUGACACUCUGUAUGAAAAUGCCUCAGAUAUCGAGAGAGGAACGUUAUCCACAAGUGAGAGCACAACACAGAUGGAAAACAAUGCAGGUCAGGACUCUCCAAAUUUGCCACAGGAACACUCACAAAGUGAUGGCGAUUCACAUGAGCUUAAGGAAACAGUUAAGGAAAUUGAGAACGAUCGUGAAAACCAAAUCCAACCAGUUCAAACUGAGAGAGAAACAUUGGAGUUUGAAGAGAACAUUCUAAAUGAAAGUGGUCUAAAGUCAGCUAUAGGCCUGGAAACAAACAUUAAGACUGAGGAAGUAGGGGAGUUAAAGGUAGAGGGAAAUCAGGACGAGGUAGCAGAGUUAGAGGAAGAGGAAAAACAGCAGGAAGUGGUGGAAAUAAAGGAACAGGGCAAACAGGAGGAAGCAAAAGAGAUACAGAAAGAAGGGAGCCAACGGGAAGUGCAGGAGAUACAGAAUGAGAAGAAACAUCAGGAAGAGACAAAAGAAGAGAGGAAACAGGAGGAAGUGAAGGACAUAAAGGAUGAUUCGGAACAACAGGAAGUGAAUGAGAUACAGGAAGAGGAAGAACAGCAACAAGUGAAGAAGAUAAAGGUAGAGGGGAAACAGGAGGAAGUAGAGGAACAAAAGGAAAAGGAAGAACAGGAGGAAGUGAAACAGGAGGAAGUGAAGGAGAUACAGGAAGAGGGAAUACAGGAUGAAGUGAAGGAGAUACAGGAAGAGGGAAUGCAGGAGGAAGUGAAGGAGAUACAGGAAGAGGGAAUACAGGAUGAAGUGAAGGAGAUACAGGAAGAGGGAAUGCAGGAGGAAGUGAAGGAGAUACAGGAAGAGGGAAUGCAGGAGGAAGUGAAGGAGAUACAGGAAGAGGGAAUACAGGAUGAAGUGAAGGAGAUACAGGAAGAGGGAAUGCAGGAGGAAGUGAAGGAGAUACAGGAAGACGGAAUACAGGAUGAAGUGAAGGAGAUACAGGAAGAGGGAAUGGAGGAGGAAGUGAAGGAGAUACAGGAAGAGGGAAUACAGGAUGAAGUGAAGGAGAUACAUGAAGAGGGAAUACAGGAGGAAGUGAAGGAGAUACAGGAAGAAGGAAUACAGGAGGAAGUGAAGGAGAUACAGGAAGAGGGAAUGCAGGAGGAAGUGAAGGAGAUACAGGAAGAGGGAAUACAGGAGGAAGUGAAGGAGAUACAGGAAGAGGGAAUACAGGAGGAAGUGAAGGAGAUACAGGAAGAGGGAAUACAGGAGGAAGUGAAGGAGAUACAGGAAGAGGGAAUACAGGAGGAAGUGAAGGAGAUACGGGAAGAGGGAAUACAGGAGGAAGUGAAGGAGAUACGGGAAGAGGGAAUACAGGAGGAAGUGAAGGAGAUACAGGAAGAGGGAAUACAGGAGGAAGUGAAGGAGAUACAGGAAGAGGGAAUACAGGAGGAAGUGAAGGAGAUAGAGGAAGGAGGAAUACAGGAGGAAGUGAAGGAGAUACAGGAAGAGGGAAUGCAGGAUGAAGUGAAGGAGAUACAGGAAGAGGGAAUACAGGAGGAAGUGAAGGAGAUACAGGAAGAGGGAAUCCAGGAGGAAGUGAAGGAGAUACAGGAAGAAGGGAAACAGGAGGAAGCAGAGGGGAAAAAAGGAGAGGAAGAACAGCAACCAGUGAAGGAGAUAAAGCAUGAGGGUAAACACAAGGAAAUGAAGGAAAUACAAGAAGAAGCGAAACCGCAGGACUUGAAGGAGAUAGAGGACAAGGAGAAACGGGAGGAUUUGAAGGAGAUAAAAGAAGAGGCCAAACCGAAAGAGGAGGAGUUAGAGGAAAAGGCAAAGCAGUGGGAGGAAGAGGAAAUUAAGGAAGAGGAGGAACUGGAUGAGAUGCAGGAUAAGAAUAUAGAGGAGUUAAAAAAAGAUGAGAAGCAGCAAGAGAUCGAGGUAGAGGAGGAAAAACACAAAGAACUGGAAGGGUCAAAAGAAGAUAACGAAAGAGAGGAGUUAGAGAAGAUGGAAGGAGUUAAGGAAAUAGAAAAGAAAGAGGUUGAACAGUCUCAAUUUAAGGUUGAGAUUGAAAACAACGUCCAAUUUUUACCUGACACUGAAAGAGACAAUGAGAGUCCAGAGAAUGUGGAGGGCGACAUAAGGAACAAAGAAGAAGAGGGGAGCCUCAAAUAUCCAAACAAUCUUAGUCCUCAAGCUGGUCAAUACGGAUUUGUGAGGGCCAAAGAUGGAGGUGAUUCUCCGAACACAUUGGGGUUUGUUCGGACCGAUAAGGAUUCAGAGCAAGAUACCACACCUGAAAAAGAGGAUAGGGAGUUAAUCACAGAGGAGGAACAACCAGUGUCAGGUUCUUGGUUGAAUAUGGGGAUUGGGGACAUUUUAGGCUUUAGGAAAGACGAGAGUCAAGUUGAUGAGAGUGCAGAAGGUAGGUUCAAGGAGAUAGAAGAGAAAACAACUUUAAAACAAGAGAAUACCAGUCAAUCUCACGGCGAACUGACAGAUGAGGUAAGGACAGAACCUAGCAGUGAAUCAAAGGUUGAAGAAACUCCAAAAGACCAAAAUGAUGGCAGUAAUUCUAUUGAUAUGGGUACUUUAGACAGUAAGUAUAGUGUCUUACCUGAAGAUGCAGAAUCCAAGGUUAAUGUAAAAUAUAUUUCUCCAAAGACUAUAAAUGGUCAAUUUCAUCAGAUGCCCAAAUCAAUAGAAAACGGGGAGGAGGAUAGCAACGGAGAGUCAGGAGAAGAUUUCAGAGCUAAAAACAACACUGAUCAGGACUUUCGGACACAACAUGACCUCACUUUAGGGCCUGACUCAAGUUUUGUGGAGUUCAAUAUAAAUGCCGUUCAAGAAGGAUUUGGGAGGGCCGAAGAUGGAGGUGAUUCUGCAGAUAAGUUGAGCCAAAUAAAUGAAGGGGCAAUCGACAAUUAUCCUGACAAUUAUCAAAUAUUAGCAGAUAGGACAGGAGUGAGUCUAAAGGUACCAUUCAAAGGCAUAGUGAGAGAUGACGAUGGAAUACAGGAGAAGGGGAAAAGGGAUGAUAAUAGGAAUGGAAAGCAGAAUGAGGCAGAAAACAUUGAUCUGCUCGAUUUAGGUGAAAGUGACCAAAGCUGGGAAGAGAGGGAGAUAAACGUGAAGCAUAAUAAUAUACAGGGGAACAUUUUAGAUGGCAAUGCAUUUGGUUCUGAAGACAGUACAGAGGGAGGAAUCGAGGUUCCAGAUGUCGUAAACCGGGAUAUAAUAUCUGAACAAACUCUUCCGUCUGAUAGUCAGAAUCAAAAGGAAGCAGAGACCGGAAGUGGCGGAGCAUUUGGACUUUUCAAAAAUGCCUUUAGCUUUUUUAGCGAAACCCCCGUUGCCGAAACCAAAGAAUCCAAAAAAUCCAAAGAAUCUACCCCAAAUUUGGACUCCAACACAGGUGAGACAUCUGAGGAACCAGCAUCUCUUACCCUUGAUCAAGAACUGGAAUCAACCACUGAUUCGAAUCAGGUGCAAGAGUUGCCUUCUUCCAUCACCAUGCCACAGCAGCAACUUCUGCCUUCUCUUACCUCUUCAGAGACAUCGCUUCCGUCCCCAGAAAGCCACCUCCAAACAAAAACCCUCACCAAACUUUACAAGAACCUCCACGCCCACAUGAACGAUGACGAGACGACUAUUCUCGUGGAACUCUUUGGGCCACACAAGCUGCAGUUCUUGGAUUACAUUUUAGGAAGCUUGGGAACCGUGAACGAUGACCCGGACAAUGAUGAAUCCAUAUUGCUGGAUAUAGAAAUACUUUUGCUUUAUCACAGAGAGGCACUGGUCGCUCCUAGCAUGAGGCUCGCGGACGCACCUCAGGAGGAUAAAGAAAAGACCAAAGCUCUCAUCGCACUUCAGAAACUAGAAAUGCUUCUGGAAAGAGUGAGAGAGACUUUCAAAUCAGCCGAGGCCAGCUGUGUUGGUGAAUCUUGUUCAACUCGCAUCAAAGAUAAGGAUCAGGCCACUGAGGAAGAUUUGUCUGUAGGCCUGGAUGACAAUGCUCCAAGAGAUGAUUGGAGGAAAGUUGAUAAGGAGAAUGGAAGACUGAGUGGAGAUACAGGAAAUGAGAUGUCGACUGAGGAUGACAGAAAAGCAGAGAAGGGACAAAGAGGGGAAGAAGAGAGAGUGAAAGAGAAUCAGCCAGGAUCACCACAGCCUCUGGAAGGGAUAAUGAAGCACAUUUUGGAUUUAGUUCAUCAGAUUGCUGAAGACUCAACCACUCAUGUUCAUGCAGUGAAGGAGCUCCUUAUAUGGCUUAUUGUACAGGUUGUAUUGGCACUGCCUGAUGACAUCAGACCCGGGCCAGACCUGUACGGGUUACCAUGGGAACCGGUCAUCGUGUCCGGUCUGGUGGGGCUGGUGACGAUGCUGCUGUUCACCUGUAGAUUUUACAGCUCUGUCAAAAGCAGAAUGUAUCGAAGUAGAGAGCGGAGGAUGGGUGAGCAGGUUACGCAGCUCCUGGAUGACAAGUGUAAAGUCCUGGAGACUCUCAGCAAAUGUCAACAAGAGUACUAUGAGGUGGAGAGCUCUCUGAGGGACAGUGGAGUCUUGGCACAGACUCAGAAGACAGAAGAGCUCGAGGUCAAAGCCAGGCAGUUGGAAGAAUCUAAAAGGGAGCUGGACAGAGAUCUGGAAGAACUGAAGGAGCAGCUGGAGCAGCAUAGAGAACACAGGAUAGAGCAGGAAAAAAGGAUAGCAGUGCUUGAAGAGAGCAUGACAACAUUUGAAGAAGAAACCAAAGACCUCCAGUCACAGGAAGAGCAGGCACAGACCACUCUGAAGGUGUACAGCAUGAACAGUGACAGACUGCAGAGGAAUCUGGGAACAGCCGGAGAGGAGAACACACUGCUGCGGGAGAGCAACGCUCAGUUGAGGCAGCAGGUGGAGGGGUGGGCAGAGAGAGUGAGUGAGCUGGAGGCGGAUAUGAGCCGGUGUGAGGUGGCUCACAGCGGGAUGCUGCAGGACGUCGCCACCAAGGACGAGCGCAUCAUGUCUUUGACAGAUCGCCUGCUGAGUAUGAAAGCUUGGGAUUCAGAACUGGAGGAGGGGGAAGGUGAGGAAGAAGGAGAGAAGGAGACGUCCAACGGUACAGCCCAGAACGGAAAAGGAGACAUUAUUAAGGACACACAAGGCCAUCUGCAGAAAGUCCAGAAACUCAUCUACGCUGCUAAACUGAAUGCAGACCUCAAAUCUGUCGAUGAAGACAAGGACAGAUUAUUUGCCAAACUGGACGAUGAAGUCAAAGCUAAAGAAGACCUGCAAGUGAGCAUUAAGGAGAUGGAAAGGGAGAAGUCCUCUCUGCAAUCAGAAGCUGAGACAUACUCAGAUCAGGUCCAAAAAUUACAACAGAAACUCCAGAUUAUGACAGAAAUGUACCAGGAGAACGAGCUCAAGCUACACAGGCUUCUGACAGUGGAGGAGAAGGAACGCAUGCAGAAAGAAGAUAAGUUAAAUAAGGCGGACAAAAACAUUGCGAUGGCCAUGGAAGAACUCAUCAACUACAGACAACGAGCAGGAGAGAUGGAGGAAGAGCUGGAUAAAACCAAACAAUCUUACCAGACUCAGAUGUCAGCACAUGAGAAGAAAGCACACAAUAACUGGUUGGCCGCCCGAGCAGCAGAGAGAGAGCUGUCAGACAUCCGGAGAGAGAACGCCCUCUUCAGACAGAAGUUGACAGAUACGCAGUUUAAACUUGACGCCCUCGACAAAGAUCCCUACGCCUUGGACAGCCUGGCUAGACCUCUGCCGUUCAGAGCUGAGAGGUCCCCAUACGGGCCCUCCCCUCUGGGACGACCUGCCUCUGAAACCAGAGCCUUCCUGUCUCCUCCCACCUUAAUGGACGGACCGCCUGCUCGACUCUCUCCUAGAGUGCCUCGCGGUCCAAUGGAGCCCCCCGGGGGCCAAGGAGAGAUGGAGCGGAUCGGAGGUCCUCAUUCAGACAGCGGUUCCAUCUCUCCAACAUGGGAGAGAGAUCGCAGGGGCCCCCCACCAGGACCCCCUGGGCCACUAGGACCCCCAGGGUACAUGUUCCCUGAACACGGUGCCAUGUACAGGAGACCUCCCCCAGGAGCCCUCGGCCCACUGCCCCCUCCUGGAGCUUUCCCCCCCGGCCCUCUGCAUCCUAGGGGUCUCCCCCCCGGACCCCCUCACCCAGGGCUAGACAUGAUGGACGGCUCCUACAGAGAGAACCACCUGGGCCCUGGGGAGCAGGAGCACCGAGAGUCCGGUCCCGGUGAUCGAAGGACCCCACCUGACGCUGAUCCAAGGAUGGGCGCCCCCCCCCCCUGGUGGACGCCCGAUGGGCCCCAUGGACGGUCCCUUUCCUCGUCGGGCCCCCUACGGACCACCCCAUCCUGAUUUCUACCCCCCCAGGGGACCUCCCAUGAUGCCUAUGUGGGCCCCUCUCUCUCCAGGGAUGUUCCCUCCUCGUUUCCCUCCCGGUCCUGGACUCCCUCCUCUUCACUACGCUCGGCCCCUUCCACCAGACGGCCCCCCACAUCCCUCACUGGGUCUUCCCCCUCCUCAGCAGUCCCCCCCACACAGCCAGUCCCCACAGCAGCACCCCCCCUCGCCUGAAGACGCCAUCUGAGCAGGUUUUCCACUUGGAGCUGUGGGGUGUUCCUGGUUAAAGGUUAACUCAGCGGGCGGUGGAUUUUCCAUCGUUCUGAACAUACUAACCAGGAGGAUGAUUUAAAUAAAGGUUGUCAGCGCGGGGGGGGGGGGAAACCAUCGGCCUUUAUGAGCCCUUUUGUUUCUGUCUGCUGCACACUCUUCCUCUUCUCCUCUCUUUUCUCCAGCUUUAUUCCCUGUGAACUAGUUCCUGUCAUUGUGGAGUCACAGUGGCAGCUGAAUCAGUGUGUGUGUGUUAAUGUUGCCAUGAGAACCAGCAACGUUUGCUUUUAUAAGGGUUAAAAGCGUGCAUGUAGAAAGGCUGUGUGUGUGGGAUGUGUCAGUGAAUGGGAGGGUUUUUACAAAAAUCUAAAUGGCCCAAAGCUAUACAUUACUAUAAGAAAGAAAAAAUGGUUUUGUUGUACCAAACCUAUAAUGACACUGAUCUUAAACUCGAUUCAAAUUCAUGUCAAGUUUUGUUUUGUCCUAAAUCUGAGAGGCGUAUACUUCCAAAAAGAGACAUUUUCUUAAAAUAUGAUAAAGUGCAUAUCUGAAUUUCCCUCCUGUGAGGAUCCUUCCUUCAUCCACAGCUUUGAUUUCCAACAGCAGUGAGGAGUCAAUGAAAGUGACUUGUGUGUUCUGUCAGAGCGCUGUGACUCCUGCUGACCACCAGGGGGAAGGGAAGGACUGGAAGAGACAGACAAAUAACACCCAUGUGAAUUUUGUAAAAAGUGAUUAAUAAUAGAUACAAAUAAAGACUGUCAAAUUAUCAA